GGCCAUAGUGAAUAAAUAGACACAGUAUGAUUUGCAAAAUAUAAAUAUUUUGCGACUAUCAAAUAUUGCGCAAGGAAUUCUGGGAUAUGCAUUCAAAAAUGGCUUCCGAUAGUGAGUCUGGAUCAGAGUACGAGGUUGAUAAAAUCCUGCAGCAAAGGAAGAAGAAGGGUGUGGUAGAAUACUUAGUAAGAUGGCAAGGCUAUGGGGCUGCGAACGAUUCUUGGGAACCAGGCAAAAACCUAAAGGACUGUGCGGAUAAGAUCAAAGCUUUCAACGCAAGUGCUACACCAAAAAAAAGGGGAAGAAAGUCAACAUCAAGGUCACGGUCAAGGUCACGUGGUAGAUCUACAUCAAAGACGAGGAAGUCUCCAGCUCGAAAGAGAACUGCAGCAGUUCAGCAAGAGACCCCAGUCCGUAGGUCUAGCAGAUCUAGCUCCAGAGGUCGCCAACAAACUACUGUAGAGACUAUCACAAAAAAAGUACAGGAGUUUUCUGAUGAUGAGGGGAUAUCCAAAAAGGUUGUCACGGAAACCAAAGAAACAGUAACUAGGUCCAAUGCCUCAGCUACUGCAGUGAAGACCAAGUGGAGGAAUCCUCUGGAGACUGCUUACAGACAGCUGACCACGUCGGACUACCCAGUGCUAGUCAUCUUUGCCUGUAUUACACUCAUCACACUCAGUUACAUAAUGGAGCCCUGUGUGAAUCUGGAGCAGGCUUGGACAUGGUUGACUAAGAACGUAUCCUCUCUACAGAAGUACAUUCAGGGAUUGUGGAAAACCGCCGGCAAGUCAGGGGGAAAGUGAGCAAGUGACCCAGAUCUCAGCCAAUCAGGAGGCAGCUUCAACAAUGAAUGAUCAAUCAUUGUAACAUCAGAAAUAUACUUUCAAACAAUUGUAGUGCUUUUUUAUGGGUCUGCAGACACUAAGUUGAUUGGUUUUUUUAAUUUUGUAAAUGAAAAACAUAUGUAAAACUAAAUAGCAAUAUAUACUAAAUUCAGUGCUGUGGACAUUUUAACACAAAAGUUUAUUUUAUGAAUUUUAUGUUUACUUUAUAAUUGUUUAUCACUUACUUAAAAUUUGUAUGUUUUACAUUUAACUUGACUUAUGUAUUGAUUGUCUCUCUUGGCAGAGGUUGAAAAUUGAAGAGUAGAAAACAUUUUUUUCAGUAUUGUUUCAUCUGUCUGAAAUCCCAGAGUCAGAAGUUUUAUUGAGACCCUAUGCUUAAGUUAGAAAGUUACUAAGGUCACAAAACAUCCCCACCCCUUUUAAAUAUUUUCUGGAUCCACUACUGAUUAAAUUGUUGCUUAUGUAGAAUAUGAAAGAGGAUUGAAAAAAGGCUUUAGAAGAAUACGGCCAAAAAAAAUUAACCAGUAGUUUCUCAGGCCUGUCACAUUCAUUCAAAAGGUACCGCAUGGAUGAUUUUUUUUUCAAUUUAAAUUUGUUUAUGUAAAUGAGGUAACUUUUGUUAUACUGUAGAUAUUUAUGUAAACCUAGGUUUUAUCAAGAUUAUGUAAAGUAUCUUUUGUAUAAAUAAUUAAUGAAUGCAAACUCAAAUUGUGCAAGUGUGUAAGAAUAAUAGAAUGCAUUUAAUAGUAAGUAAUGUCUGGAGCUAUCUUUUCUUUUUUCCAUGGCUUAUUCCAUACAUCAGAAAGAAAAGGUAACUCAUUCUACAAUCAACGUUGAAAAGAAAAAUACCUGCCUGCCUCAUCAAUAUUUGAAAUUUUUGGCCUGAGAAAAACUAUUAUUAGUUAUCUUUGCCUCAGAUACUAGGUUGCAUAUGUGUUACAGUAUUUGAAGAAUAGCUGUGUUCAUUAAUAACUUCCAUGUAUCAACAGUAUAGAAUAUACUUAGUGCAUGUCAUUUGUAUUCCAAAUACUCUAUGUAUCCCAUCAAUAGAAUAUAACAUGCAAUAUGAUGUAUAUUUUAAUACAUAUCUGUAUAUUUUUUCUCUUCUUUUAAAUGUAUAAAUGAUCAUUUUGAUUCAUAACAUUUUUAUACCAACAUUGGAGUUAAAAGUAAUUUUUAUUAUCUGAAAAAAAAAAAUCAUUUAUUGUGUGUAGCUAUUCUCUGGUCAAAUGUCAACAUUCCUGAAUACCUAGCAGCAUACUUUAGUUUGAAGGUACAAUGCAGGAAUUUGAUGUACCAUGUACAAGUGUAAUGUGGUAGAGACGGGCAGUGUUUUUAUUACCUCUGCACCAGAUUCAGACCUUCGGGAUGCCUUUUUUUUAUCGCCAUUGUCAUAUAAAAUAAAACCAUUAUGUAACCAUC